AUGUCAUCAUCAAAUCCAAACACAGCUGUACCCAAGACUGCUGAUGGCACUCAGCAAUCUUCCUUUGGAGCCGAGGGAACUUCCGGAUCGGGACUUGGCUCAUCUUCGAGCCAGGAGACCACCGAAGGCAAUAGACUCAUCACCCAGAAUGGUGCGCGUGAACCUGAAGCCAAUCAACUCUGGAUCCCAACAGUCAACCCGGUAGUGCCCAAUAUUCAUCUUACAGUGAUUGACAAUGUUGCACUUUAUACGACCAAGCUUGUAAAUCCAGGUGCUGAAUAUAGACUUUUGCGGCGUGCUGAUAACGGGUACGUUAAUGCGACGACAUUGUUAUUGGCUGGAGGGGUCGAGACAGAACAAGAACGUAGUAUUGUCUUAAGUCUUGAACUCGGACGCGUUCGUGUUCGUAAACCCAACUCGCAACUCUUUGGAACUUGGAUUCCCUUAGCGCGGGCUCGUGCAUUGGCAGCGACCUGUUCUUUACAUCAUAAGCUUGGACCUUUCUUGAACGACAAUCUCGACACGUAUUUCCCAUCUCCCUUGCCGAUUCCGACUCAGAAAGUGACGCCCAGUGUAGUCACAGCUACUGCAUCGGCCAUGAUGAGCCACCAAGCGGUUACUGCAGCUCGUAUGAGGACCAUCUCACUCUCUGCUUUACGCUCCUCAACAUCGCCACCAACAAAUGGAUUGGUUCGUGUAGGCGCUAUUAAUCAUCCACUCUCUAGAAGUAACUCAGGCUCUAAUCAGGUCACUGGGCAGCCCCUUAAUAGUAUGGUCAUGCUAAAUGGAAACCAGGUUGAGGCGCAGCCAACACCUGGAGUAUCAGCAUCGGUCACUAAUUCAAGUGCCAUGGCCGGUAUAACUUCAACUGGAGUAGCAACGACAAUGUCCGCUACCUCUGCUACACCUAACGCUAUGGCAAACACUUCCACUACCUCGGCGUCUGUUAAUGGUGCCGCAGCCACACUACCUCCCGCUGUCUCUGUGGCCUCUUUGACGCCAUCAGCUGGGCCUAAUCUUUUACAAGCACUCGGACAGAUGGGCCAGCUACAUGCUACUGCUGGCCAGAUCCGACCCCUUCAAGGAGGAUUCAUCCCUCGGGUGGAGCCACAUACUGGAAGACCUAUUCUGCCCAUGAUCAAUGAGACUGUUUCUGCAGUCCCGGGUCAAAGUGUCAUCCCUGUCAAGGAUUAUCAGGAUUCAGAUGAUGAUACCGAGUCAGACGAUGAUGUUGAAGGGGUGCGGCAAAAGAUGAAGCAACUUCGAGCACAACAACAAGAGGAAGCUGAAAAGAAUCUUUUGAAGCAAGCAAAAACUGUAGCAGCUGGUGCCAAUGCAGGAGCCAAGCCAACGACAGCAACUGAGGAGAUGGAUACUGACGAAGAUAUCGAUAUCGGGGGUAGUGAUGGCGACGAUGAUUUACGUUAG